UACAAAACUAAAACGCCAAAACAACACUCUUUUCUGACAAAGUAUCUAUUUUGGUUCAUGAGACUAGAUGUUUUAGUCAGUAUGUUUUCAUUCGAAAAUGCUGUUGCAGAAAAGAUGGCUUGUCCUUUUUAUUCUCAAAAUUAUCAAAAAGAUUAAAUCUCGCUGACUAAAUUGGGAGGUUGAGUUUUGUUAAUUAAAACAAGUUUCAACCAGUGUGAUUUGUGAGUUUUGCUAAGUCACAUUUUUAUCGUCGCCGUGAAUUGUGGUAUAGUAUAAUAUAUUCCAAGUGAAGAGAGAAAAUUCCAUAAGAAGAACGAAAGUGUGUUUUUUAAUCACGAGAUUGAACAGUCUUUUUCUUGUCCUUAUUGACUUUAUGUCAAAGCAGAUAAGUCUCUUCUGGUGCAAUAAAUUCGUCUUGUUUGUCGCAGUUGAUCCCGUGAAUUGAACUAUCUACUUAUUAUUUAUAUUAAAAAAAAUAGUUUUCUAAUAGACCAACGAACUCUUCAACUACCAACUACUAGUAUAUAUAAACAGGUAUAAAACUUACAAGCAUAAGCUGAGAAAUGGCUCAUGCUCAUGCUAAUAAGGCUUCUUUAAACAUGCUCAUGCUAUGCUUCACCUUACUUAAUCUUUCUCAUAAUUUUGCCUUUGCCUUCACUUCUCAAGACUACUCUAAUGCUCUUGACAAAUCCAUUCGUUUCUUUGAGGGACAGAGAUCCGGAAAAUUGCCUGCGGAUCAACGCCUUAAGUGGAGGGCUGAUUCUGGCUUAUCUGAUGGUUCCGGUUACCAUGUUGAUCUAGUAGGAGGAUAUUAUGAUGCAGGGGACAAUGUUAAGUUUGGAUUGCCAAUGGCUUUCACCACAACUCUACUAGCAUGGAGUGUAAUCGAAUUUGGGAGCUCCAUGCAUAGCCAACUUAACAAUGCAAAAGCAGCCAUUCGUUGGAGUAGCGAUUAUCUUCUUAAAGCAGCCACAGCUAGCCCCGACACAUUAUACGUUCAAGUAGGAGACCCCAACCAAGAUCACAGGUGUUGGGAGAGACCUGAGGACAUGGAUACGCCUCGCAACGUGUACAAAGUGUCCCCUCAAAAUCCAGGUUCUGAUGUUGCUGCUGAGACUGCUGCUGCAUUGGCUGCUGCCUCUAUUGUGUUCAAAGAUUCUGACCCUUCUUAUUCCUCGUCAUUAUUGCGUACUGCACAAAAGGUGUUUGCUUUUGCAGACAAGUAUAGAGGUUCCUAUAGUGACAGUCUCAGUUCAGUGGUCUGCCCAUUUUACUGCUCUUAUUCUGGUUACAACGAUGAACUUCUAUGGGGAGCAUCAUGGCUUCAUAGAGCUUCACAAGACUCUUCUUAUCUUGCUUAUAUCCAAUCCAAUGGUCAAACUAUGGGUGCUAAUGAUGAUGACUACUCCUUCAGUUGGGAUGACAAGAGACCUGGAACCAAAAUUAUACUAUCAAAGGACUUUUUGGAGAAGAGUAGUCAAGAAUUCCAAGCAUACAAAGUUCACUCAGACAACUAUAUCUGCUCAUUGAUUCCAGGCUCACCUAGCUUUCAAGCUCAGUAUACCCCAGGGGGGCUUUUAUACAAAGGAAGUGGAAGUAAUCUCCAAUACGUGACAUCUUCAUCGUUUCUCCUAUUAACCUAUGCCAAAUACUUGAGGUCAAAUGGAGGGGAUGUGUCAUGUGGGAGUUCAAGAUUUCCUGCAGAGAGGCUCGUUGACCUUGCAAAGAAACAAGUGGACUACAUAUUAGGAGAUAAUCCAGCAAAAAUAUCGUACAUGGUUGGUUUUGGACACAAGUAUCCACUUCGCGUGCACCAUAGAGGUUCAUCUCUACCAUCAGUGCAUGCACAUCCUGGUCACAUUGGCUGCAAUGAUGGAUUCCAGUCUUUGAAUUCUGGGUCGCCUAAUCCAAACGUUCUCAUUGGAGCCAUCGUGGGUGGUCCUGACAGUAGAGAUAACUUUGAAGAUGACAGGAACAAUUAUCAGCAAUCGGAGCCUGCUACAUACAUUAAUGCACCACUAGUUGGGGCCCUUGCUUUCUUAUCCGCACCAAAUUAAAGUAGUAGUGGAUGGAGUCACAUAAUUUAUUAACUAAAGUAAGUCUUGUAGCAGAAGAUGAGGAUCAAGAAAUCAGUAUGGUCCCUUGGUAGCUCAACAUAAUUGUAAAAUGAAGGUUACACAUUUAGGUCCCCUUCUAUGCAUGUAAGCAAGAGGAAUUCCUUCGUGGUUCCUCUAGGAAUGUUAAGACCCUUGAUAUGAAUUUCCAGACUUAUUAUUCACUUAUUCCAAA